GAUAUUCGCAGCCCGCGUUUAUAGUUUUGUAGCGGUGCUCCAAUGUGACCAACUGGUCCAUUGUGUAUUGUUAGAGUUCCCGUGAUUCUUUCCCUCCACAUAUGGAAUUUUCAGAAGAGGACCCUGACCUACUUAAUGAAGAGACAUUUGACUGUGCAGAGAUAGGUGACUGGGAGGGUGAACAUGAAUUAUUUGUCCAGAAUCUCAACGAAGACCCUCAGAGGUCGCCAACUGCAGAUGAGCUGCCGAAAUUUUGGAAAGAUUCUGAUGAUCUGUCGUUUUUAUGGCAGUCAGAUAGCUUGAGUUGUGGCACAGCUCCAGGCGACGAUGGUGGUGAAGGGGCUGUUGACGUUGAAGAAACUCUGAAGAAGCUGGUGUUGGACGAAGCUUUUGAAGAUCCGGCAAUUCUUGAUAUAUCCAGAAAAGUUUCGUAUCAAAAAUUCAAUGAAAAGUCAUUUCAGAAUCUAAGAAACGCUCCUGCCUACCCAACUGCCUCAACGAAUAUUUUUGAUGGUUCUCGAGAUAUCUGGAGCAUCGAUAGCUGUAACGACACAGGCCUCACACCAGAAAGCAGCUCCUUAUCGGAUCCCAGCUCUAAAAGUAUCGCUAGCAUUAUUCAGUCACUAGCUGCGUGUGCUCCGUCGAAUUCUUCUGAAGCUUUUGCACAAAAUAACUUAAUGCACAUGUCAAAUACAGAAUCUCAAGUUUUGGGUCCUGCCGCGACCGAAGGAACCAAGCUUUCUCACUCUCAGUCUAACUUUCUAACUGCGAAUUUUCCUGGUAGCCAGCAUAGCUCUAAGUCUCCCACCAUUACUGGUAGUCAGACAUAUCAACCACAAGUGAAUCAAAAUCGACCAGCUUACCGAACUGAAAUGGCUACAAAUUCUGCAUCUCCGGAAGUUUUGAAGGGACAAUCACCUCAUGAUCCCAGUGUGCUCCUAACGCUGCUAACACUUCGGUCUCUUUUUGCUAUCAUGCCCACUUCACAAUUGAGUCAUUCUCAAAUACAAAGUUUGUACAAUAUAGUAUUGACGAGUCAUCAACGUUUUCUUCAAAACCCACGUCCAACGUUUAUGGUCCCUUCUAAUCAACGCAAUCCUUUAUUCAUAUCCCCUGAAGUCUCUGGACCGCUGGGUUCAAACAUGCAAUCAAAUAUUUCGUCGUACCUUCGCUUUCCAGUGCAUUCUGUAAAUGUUGAUUCUAAGCAACCUGUCUGUCAACCGUCACCCAUUGCAUCUUCAAAACAGCCAACAGUACCAGUUGGUGUUAUUGGUGAAACUACCUCGGUGAAAGAUGUGGACCCCAACCGAGGUAGCUGGAUGACAGAUUAUGAGUCAAUCGGUGUACUACUAAUUCAACUGCGUCCAUUAAUGGUGUCUAAUCCUUAUGUUCAAGAUUACUAUUUCGCUUGUCGUUGGCUACGAAACAUGAAUGCAAUUCGAGCCAAACAAAUCGCUAACGGUCAGUUAGCUGCUACUUCUCCUCCAGCAUCAAUGCAGAUUCCUAUUCCCAUACCUCUAGAAAGUCUUAAUGAUUCUCAGUCGCCUUAUCAAAUAGCCUUGAAAAACAAAUUGGUUAUCCCUUUUUCUUCUGUGAAUAUUAAUCAAUCUCCCGACCAGACUGUGGAAGAAAACAAUAACAGCACAGAGAAAUCUCAUGAAAACAAUGAACCUCCUAAUCCGGAUUCCAGUAAUGCAUUAGGACGUCCAACAAGAUCAAAUGUGCAUCGACCACGUGUAGUAGCAGAGUUGUCACUAGUCUCCGCUCUCACAAAUGGUCCUGAACAAGCAACAGAAAAAUCUUCAAAUGAUAAACUACUUAAUGACUCCGGAUCGGACUUGAAUCAAUCCACAGCGUCAUCGUCUUCUGUUGUAUCUAGUCGUCGACGGCGUCUUCUCUUGGCUCAAAUCGAACGCAUGUUUUCAUUACUGUUAAUUCUGGAUGAAGUGGCUCUGUCUCUUGAAAGAGUCGUUGUACAAAAUGACACGCGUGCUCGUUUACUGGACUAUCGACGAGAAUUAGUUGAUCAGUUGGUCAGUGAAUUGUUCAAAUCACCUGGCAAAACAAGUAAAGAAAUCUGUGAAACACUACCUAAAAAUAAAUUAUUGCAUCUAACAGAAAGUUUGUUCACUAUUCAUAAAGGAAUGCGUUUAUGGUCAUUGACACUACAAUAUCUGCCUAAUAAUGUUAAAGAGGAUUUUCUGGCGGAAUUUAUCAAUGAUUUUAUACGCCUUGUUGAAUUGUGGCCAACAACAUUAGAUGAAGCUGCUGCAAUUUUUUAUCCAUCGUUACGUGAGGUUAUAUAUCAAAUGAGGAAUAUCAACGACUUUUUACAAUUAUGCUUUCCUGAUGCAUUAACAAGCAUUAACGCUGUUGCAGAUAACUCAGAAUUAACAAUUCCCAUAUCUGAUAACCUGAAAAGCCUUUUGGCGUGUAAACUCGGCCUCUCUUUGAUUUUCUGUUUACUCGAUGCAUGUGCUCGUGCCUCCAAUCCAACUGACCCAUCUCAUUUUAUUCAGUUUGGAGCAUACUUCAGCUAUGUGAAUUCAUUUGUUGAUCUCAGCAACCAAACUGAUGGUGAUGAUCGCCCACGUGUAAUGGAAUCUUUCCCACACUUGGCAUCAAUUCUCAUGUUGUACAUUAAGCCAUCAAGAUAUCAUUAUGUAGUCACUGAUGAGCAUUUGAAUGUAUUCUGUGAACUAGCGAAAGGGACUACUAAAUUAUUAACUAAUAGUAAUGGAAGUAAUAACGUAUUGUCAACUAAUAGUAUUAUGUCUAGUCGACCAAGUGAUUUCCAUCCUUAUACAAUGAAUAAUAAUAACAAUAAUAAUAGUGCCAAUUUGAAUAGCUAUAAUCAACAACAUAAAAUUAUUGAAAAUGAUCGGUCAAAAACAAGCGAUCUUCAGAAUUCUGGAAAGAUUUUAUUGUAAAUACCUCUGAAUAGAGAAUUAUGUGUUUAUCGAUAGCUGUGGGCUAAUUUACUCACCUAUUCCGAUAAUACCUAUUAAAUAUUAUCAAAGCGUUGGGAGAGGGGAACACGUACGCGCUCCAUCUACAUGAAUUCUGAGUUACUCAUGAUAUGUAAGAUUCGUCUGUAUCAAAUUUUUUAAUUAGCCUUCUUCUCCAUGUUCUAUUCCUCUCUCAAUCCCUCCCUCCCUCUGGAGCACACAAAAUCUUCGAAAAUGAUGUAUCUGUAUACUACUCACACAUUGUUUUGUUCAAUCACAGUAUAUAUCAUGUGAAACCUCUGCGGUCGGUCAAUUCACCACUGUCAUCUUUAUUCAUUAAUUGAAUCAUAUAAUGUCAGUCAUUAUAAUGGGACACUUAUUUGAUUUUUAAUGCCCACGAUUGUUCCAAAAAGAACGCUUUUUUGUAUUAUGUUCGUCUCAUUUUUUCCCCUACUUAUUCCAUGUAUUAUUGACAAACAGUGUCAUCAACUCUUAAUCUCCCCCUCCAUUUUAAACUGACCUGCUGCACCAUUUCAAAGUCCCCACUGCUAAUCACAUUUACUUUUUUUCUCUCUAGAGAAUACAGCCUAUUAUAUUCUCACACCUUCUAGAGUGGUUCAUUUCAUUCAUUCAAUUCUUCUUCUCUUGUUUUUUCUUUUACCUGCGGACACUUUUUCAGCUUUUGGUAUAUAUAUUCUCUUUCUCAACUUUUCAAUGCUUCUUGCCGUGUCCCCUUUAUCAUUAUCACCAUCACCACCAGCAUAGUUGUAAACAUUUCUUUUUUUUAACCCUACUUUUCCAACAACACCCAUACGUUGAGGUUUGUCCGUUUUAUUUUAUUAUAUUUCUUCUGUUGGGAUUUUGUAUUCGUGUUUGCAUGAUAUGCAUGCAUGUGCGAAGCGUACAAAUAUAAUGUGCGCGUUAAAAGCAAUCUUUCGCUGAUAGUGAGUUAUUUGCACGU